CACUGACUCCUGGAGGUUGGCGAGGAUUUGUUGCGGAUAGCAGGGAGUGCGGAGCUCAGCUCGGCAUGUGCAGCGCUUCAUUCUCGCUCAAACUGACGCCGCAACCUGCAACUGGCCGGAUCAGAGCAGACAGAGAGAGCGGGAGGAUUUAUUUUAUUUAUGGCCGGGCUAAAUAUAGUUAAACCUCCUGUUUUGUGUUUUCAGCAGCAGCAGGGCAUCUUAGAAAGAAGUGGGCGUAUGUGUGUGUGCGUGUGUGUGUGACCAUGCGGGGAUGAAGAAGUGCUGCUGCUGAGUUUUGUUAUUAGGUUUCUCCGGGGCGGUGCUGCUGCUGCUGCUGCUGAUCCUGCUGCUGUCAUGGUUUUCUGGGAGUGACAUGAAAGUUUUUUUCGGGGGUGGGGAUGAUUUUACGCGCUUGAAAUAUUCCAGCUGAGGCUCCGACUCCUGAAACCGGUUCAGCUUUUCUUGGUUUUAGUUAAAAACAAAUCUGGAGGUUUGAGUCAAUUGAUUAUCUGACUGGACUCUCAGGAGGCUGCAGACUCGGGAGAGUGUGGAGAUGAACUUUGGAAAUUUACUUCUUGUGACUGUCUCAUUCAUCACCAUCACAUCAGGGUCCCGGGCACGGUUUGAAGACAGCGCACCCCGGAUUGUGGAAGACCCCUCAGAUUUGAUAGUCUCCAAGGGGGAGCCUGCCACGCUCAACUGCAAGGCAGAGGGCAGACCCACUCCCAGUAUAGAGUGGUACAAAGAUGGCGAGCGUGUGGAGACGGACAAAGAUGACCCCCGAUCCCACCGCAUGCUCUUGCCCAGCGGCUCCCUCUUCUUCCUACGCAUCGUACACGGACGCAGGAGCAAACCAGACGAGGGCGUCUAUACCUGUGUGGCCCGCAACUACCUGGGAGAGGCCAUUAGUCGCAAUGCUUCACUGGACGUUGCCAUCCUGAGAGAUGAUUUCCGGCAGGCCCCGAGCGAUGUGGUGGUGGCUGCUGGUGAGCCUGCAGUCUUAGAGUGUGUACCUCCACGUGGUCACCCUGAGCCCACCGUGUCCUGGAAACGCAACAACGUCAGAGUCAGCACCAAGGAUGAACGCAUCUCUGUUGGCCCCCAUCGACCACGGUUAAGGUUUGAAAUCCGCAACGGCAACAGCCUCCGUUUGUUCCGCGUGAAAGAGCAGGAUGAAGGGACGUAUACCUGCACAUCUGAGAACAGUGUGGGCAAGACAGAGGCCUCGGCCAUGUUGCAGGUCCACGUACCUCCUCAGAUUGCCACAAAGCCCCGAGACCAGAUUGCCACCCAGGGGAGGAGCAUCACCUUCCAAUGCGGCACCACAGGAAACCCUCCACCUGCCAUCUUCUGGCAGAAAGAGGGCAGCCAGAUGUUGCUGUUCCCUGGCCAGCCACCGUCGCAGUCUGGCCGUUACUCUGUGUCCAUGAGCGGCGAGCUGACCAUCACUGACGUCCACCCCGAGGACUCUGGUUUCUACAUCUGCCAGGCCAUCAGUGUAGCAGGAAGUGUGCUGACCAAGGCACUGCUGGAGGUGGAGGGAGGUCCUUCAGGUCGUGUCCCGCCGAUUAUUCGCCAAGGUCCAGCCAAUCAGACUGUAUCUCGGGGUGCGACAGCGCAGCUGCACUGCCGUGUAAUCGGAGGGCCCUCAGUCAAGAUUGCAUGGGAGAAGGAUGGAGAGAGACUUCUGGGAAAUAAACCCAGACUGACCUUGAUGGAGAAUGGCACUUUGCAAAUCACAGACAUAAAGGACACUGACUCGGGGAUGUACACGUGCGCGGUAUCCAGUGCCACAGGGGAGUCGAGCUGGAGUGGGAUGUUGACUGUCAGAGAGGACGGAGUGUCUCCUGUGUCCAGAGCGUCUGAGUUCAUCCAACUUCCCGGGCCUCCGCAGAAGCCUGUGGUGACGGAGGUGACCAAAAACACAGUCACCCUCACCUGGCAGUCCAAUCCUCAUGAAGGCGGGGCCGCUGUCACCUCAUAUAUCAUCGAGGCCUUCAGCCAAUCUGUGGGCAGCACCUGGCAAACAGUGGCGGACCACGUGAAGCAGGAGAGGCACACAGUUGUGGGACUCUUCCCCAACACUGUUUAUCUCUUUAUCGUCCGAGCAGUCAACUCUUACGGCCUCAGUGACCCCAGCCCGAUCUCUGAGCCUGUCAGAACACAGGAUGGGAGUCCUUCAGAGCAGGGUGUGGACCACAGACAGGUGCAGAGAGAGUUAGGAGAGGUGUCUGUCUACCUGCAGAAGCCCGUGGUUCUGUCUCCUACCAGUGCCAGGAUUUCUUGGACUGUGGCUCUUCAGUCCCGGUACGUUCAGGGUUAUCGUGUAUUUUACCGGACUAUCGGCAGCUCCUGGUUGGUCCAGGAUGUGGAGGCCACAUCUGACCACAGCGUCAUCUUGGUAGAUCUGCACAGCAAUACAGAGUAUGAGGUCAAGAUACGGCCUUAUUUCAACGAGUUACAGGGACACGACAGCCUCAUGGUUCUGCUGCGUACACCUGAGGAGGUUCUAAGUGCAGCUCCACAGGCUGUAUCAGUGGUUCAGCUCACCAACAGCUCCAGUAUCAGUGUGUCCUGGGAGCCUCCGCCUCACAAUACUCAGAGCGGCAUCAUUCGAGAGUACAAGGUCUGGUGUCUGGGUAGCAGCAUGGAGCAGGAGACCCAGAUAAACCGAACAGUGGAUGGGGCCGUUCUGUCCAUCUUGCUGACGGGCCUGCUGCCUGACGUCCGCUACACUGUGAUGGUGGCUGCUGUCACCAGUCUGGGUGUGGGCGCUCAGAGCCCACCUGUCAGCCUGCUCCUCACUCCUCCAUUGGACAACACGUCAACGCCUAAAAAGAAAGGCGGUAACCUCAGCAUAUCAGAGCAGAUCACAGGCGUCAUCCGCCAGCCGGCCUUCAUCGCAGGGCUGGGUGUGGCUGCAUGGUUGGUGCUGAUGGGCUUCAGUGGUUGGCUGUACUGUCGACACCGCAGGAGGAAGCAGCUGGGACAUUACACCACCUCCUUCGCAUACACACCAGCAGUUGGCUUUGCUCACAGUGAAGGAUCUGGAAUCAUCAAUGGAGGGCCUGGCUUGUUAGGAUCCAAUAUGGGGAACUACCCCUGGCUGGCCGACUCUUGGCCCACUCCGAACCUCACUCACAGCAGCAAAGACUCUGUCAACUGCUGCUCUGGCAAACUGGACUCAGACAGAUAUUAUAACACAGUCGGCAUCAUGAACUACCAGAACCAGUCAGAGAAACACAGCACGGCGUCAAACGACAGUCCCAUCUACAGCACCAUCAACACAGCCGCUGAGGACGACCUGCUGGCGUACUACGACACCUACUCCAGUACAUCAUACAACCAGGGUCCAGACCCGUACAGCAGCAACCCAGUACUGUCAAACAUUGGCCUUGCGGGUCUGGAGCAAGACCUGGACCAGUGGACCAUCCAGUCUGGUCAGUCUGGGUCUGAAUAUGCCAAGCUUCAGUACACCAAGAAAAGCAACGACAAACUGGUAAAGCAGAGGUCCGCUGGGUCCUCUUCCAGGUCAGCUCCUCUCACCUGGGUGGAUGUUCUGUCGCUUCCUCUUCCUGCCAACAAAGACAAAGGUCACACGAAGACCGACAAAGAAGAAGAGCAACACAGCUCUGAGGAGGAAGAUGACAACUGGUGUCCUCCACUGCCAGCCAGAACCUACCUGAUGGACGCUUCCAGGGAGGAACUCUCCAGCCUGCCCUGCAAACCAGAUGAGCUGUCCUGUGCAGCAACACUGAUGUCUUCCUCCAAGCGAGACACUCACAAGCCCGGCGAAAGUCCACGGCUUCAGCACUUUGACCUCUUGCCGCGUCAGCAGUCAGGUUCCCAGGUCUCCCAGUCCAACCCAGAUCUGUUUACCAGCACCAAAGUCCGUGUGGCCGACGAGGUGUACCACACCAGCCAAUGGGCAGAAGAUUUCAAGGGGGAAAGCCUCGGAAAAGGACAAUCUCCUGCUCCAGCUGCCGAGUCGAGCCCCGCAGCCCAGGCACACAGAUCCAGGAGUAAGAAGAAGACACCCAAGGAUGGACAGCUCAGGCGAGAGCUACACAACCAAGCAGAACUUCCCCCUCCACCAGCCCCUCCUCCUGCAGAUGACUCCCUGCAGCUCUUGGCUGACGUUUUGAGCCGCAGCCGAACAGAUGCUGAAAGAAAAGAGGGGAGCGACUCGCCCACUCUUCAGAGGAGGGGAGAACAUUUCUCACCCCAGAGGAAAGGAACUACAAAGUGGUUAUCACAGGAUGAGAAUGUAAUCCCAUAUGGGCAGUCCAGCUUCCUGCCCCAGGUCCAGAUGUCAGGCUAUGGGUCCCUGGGUGGAGGAGUCCUUUCAAGACCCUCCACUGCUGGGCGGAGGAGAGAUGAGAACCUCAUGUAGACAGACGCCGAUUACAUGACAUGACCUCCUCCUUUUUCCUCCCUGAUCUCCUGUCUUUGCAAACCAUUAAUCUGUUGCCAUGGUAUCAUGAAAAAACUGAAGACUAAAGGGAAAGCAUCAAGGUUUGCCAUCUGCCUUUUCAUUUUUGUUUUAUCUUAAUGAUUUCAUAUUUAUUUUUUUGUGAUCUCCCUCACCUUUAUCCCGUGUAAAUAGACAUCUUUGCAAUUUUUUAAAGAUGUGACCAGAUGUAAUACUAAAAAUGGAUCUUUAAAAAAAAAACAAAACAGUAUUUUUAGGCAAUGGAAAGUUAACUAUGACAUUAUUGUACAGCAGAUAAAUGAAUGUAUCUUCUGUUUACUCCUGACCAUGAAACCAUGAUAAUGUGUGAGUUUGACAAAAGACUGGAGAAGACAUGAGGCAGAAAAUGUGUUAAUAAAUCAUCAUGUGGGUGUGUGAGUGUGGGUGUGUGUGUCAGUGCAUGUUGUAGUGUUUGUGUGUGUAAUUGUUUUUAUCUCUCAUCUCUGUGUGACUGUGUACUGUGGUAUCCCUGUAGAUCACCAGUGUGUUAGCUCUGUCAAGAUUUUUAAACUGACCAAUAAAACAUUUAUUACAAAAAAAA